AUGGAAGAAGACGAUGAUUUAAGCGAAAUCAUUAACGCAAUAGAGCAACUAUCCAUUCAUGAUCCUUGGCGCCGAAGAAUCAAAUCAAGUCUCCAAAGAGGCCUAAAUCAUCCCAAAAAGAGAGAUUCCCAAACCCAAUCGACCACUUCCACCCCUAUCUGCAAACCAGACUUACCCCGUCGAUCUCACCACUCUACUUCUCUCCACCAUACCAGUCACUCCCCCAAACUAGACAUUCUUCUUACGGCCAUCAAAACCUACACCCGAACCCAUCCUCCCACUUCCACCCAUAUCCAUUCCCAUCCCCCACCAUUCUCACCAACUACCACCAAUACUACCACCACUACCAUUCAAACUAAACCCACCGCAGACUUUAACCGACGCAAGAUCAAGUGGCUCAUCGAGCAAAUGAUGAAUCUCAAACCAAUUCAAACAUCCCAACCAUCAACCAACACCCAUUCAGAAACAUUCAACUUUGACAUCCUUCAAAGCGCCGAAGAAGCCUCCGAUGAUUCCAACUAA